AUGAAGUCAACUCUGGGACUUGCGCUGCUGGCUUCGGUCGCAAGCGCUAAGUACAAUGUUGUCAACCAGACUACUUGUGCCGGCACUACCUACGAGUAUACCGGGCUAGUCGGAUAUGGUUUCGUUCCGUCCACCGCGACGGACAAGUAUGGUGAUACGAUCGGUGGUAUUGGCAGCUCUAUUGCUAUCGAUCAAUCGUCGUGGCGCAAGUCAGACGAUGAUGUUUACUCGGGAACAUUGUAUACAAUCCCGGAUCGUGGAUGGAACACCAAUGGAACUCUCAACUUCCAAUCGCGCAUUCACAAGUUUGCCAUGACCUUCAAGCCGGCUCGCCAUGCUUCGGCCAAGAGCCCUUCAGACCCCAACCUGCGCCUGAAGUAUCUCGAUACCAUUCUUUUGACCGGCCCUGAUGGCAAGCCCACCACUGGCCUGGAUGCCGAUGCUACUGGCAAUGCUUCAUACCCCGGCUUCCCGCCUCUGCCAGCGGCGACCUACACCGGCGAUGGCUUCGGUGGCUCCGGCAAGGGCGACAAGAGAAUUUCCAUCGACGCAGAGGGUCUGGCUCUCGCAAAUGACGGCGGCUUCUGGGUAUCUGACGAGUACGGCCCAUACGUCUACAAGUUCAGUGCUUCCGGCCGCAUGGAGCUUGCAAUCCAGCCUCCUCAGGCCUACUUGCCUCGCCGGAACGGCACUCUCAGCUUCAGUGCCAACUCUCCACCACUGUACAACCCGUCUGAGGUGCCUAACCCUGAAGACACCGAUUCUGGUCGUGACAACAACCAGGGUUUCGAGGGACUCACUAUUUCCCCCGAUGGAAAGACCCUCUACACUCUGAUCCAAAGCUCGCUUGAUCAGGAGGGUGGCCCUAAGAAGCAAAAUCGUGCACCAGCUCGCUUGCUUGCGUACGAUAUCUCUGGCAAAACGCCCCAGUACAUCCACGAGUGGGUUGUGACGCUGCCAAAAUACAAUGACUACACCUCGAGUGACGCGAGCAAGGCAACCAAGGUCGCCUCGCAAUCGGAGAUCCACCAACUUCCCAACGGUGACUUCCUCGUUCUCACCCGGGACUCAGGCUUCGGCCAUGGACAAGCCGAGUCUCGAUCUGUGUAUAGACAGGCAGAUGUAUUCUCUGUGCUGAACAGUAAUAGCUCUGUCACUGAUUUCAAGGGACAGAGUGAUUACGACACCGCUACUGGUGCUAUUGCUUCGUCAAAGGGUGUCUUGAAGGAUGGCAUCACCCCCGCGGAAUACUGUUCAUUCCUGGACUUCAAUGUCAACUCGGAACUGGCCAAGUUCCGUCUGCACAAUGGCGGAGCUCAGGAUCAAUACUUGCUGAACGAGAAGUGGGAGAGUCUGGCUCUUGUCCCCGUAAAGCCGUCUCAAGAUGGCGUUCACCACAAGCCCGGCCGUGAGCAGGAGUACUUCUUGUUCAGCAUGAGCGAUAAUGACUUUAUUACUCAAAAUGGACACAUGAACUCUGGCAAGUUCUCUUAUAAGGACGCGUCGGGCUACGAUCUGGAUUCACAGACCCUGGUCUUCAAGGUUAAGUUCUAG